CCUUUGUCAUCACCAUGCCUUUCGUCAAGCAACAAAAGAACAAGGCCUACUUCAAGCGUUACCAAGUCAAGUACCGUAGAAGAAGAGAGGGCAAGACCGACUACUAUGCUCGUAAGAGACUUGUCGUUCAAGCCAAGAACAAGUACAACUCUCCCAAGUACCGAUUGGUUGUCCGUUUCACCAACAAGGAUAUCAUUUGUCAAAUUGUGUACGCCAAGCUCCAAGGUGACUUUGUCUUGUCUGCUGCCUAUGCUCAUGAAUUGCCUCGUUAUGGUAUCAAGGGUGGUUUGACCAACUGGGCUGCUGCUUAUGCCACUGGUUUGUUGUUGGCUCGUCGUACUUUGACCAAGCUCGGUCUUGCUGAUAAGUAUGAAGGUGUAACUGAAGUUGAUGGUGCUAUUACUAUGACCGAAGCUAAUGAAGAAGGUCCUCGUCCUUUCAAGGCUUUCUUGGAUGUUGGUUUGGCCCGUACUUCCACUGGUGCUCGUGUGUUCGGUGCUAUGAAGGGUGCUUCCGAUGGUGGUAUCUUUAUCCCUCACUCUGGUAACCGUUUCCCUGGUUAUGACAUUGAAACCAAGACCAACGAUGAUGAAUUGUUGCGCAACUACAUCUAUGGUGUCCACGUUGCUGAAUACAUGGAAUACUUGGAAGAAGAAGAUGAAGAAAAAUACAAGAAGCACUUUGCUGGUUUCCUCAAGGCUGGUGUCACCUCUGAUGCUCUUGAAGAUAUGUACACUGAAGCUCAUGAAGCCAUCCGUGCUGAUCCUGUUCACAAGCCUACUGAAAAGAAGGGUGUUCCCGCUAAGCCUUACCGCCGUCAACAACGUCUCAACAAGAAGCAACGUGAUGCUAAGGUUGCUGCUAAGGUUGCUGCUUUCCACAAGUCUGAUUAGGUUAUUCUUUUUUUUUCUGAUGUUUGAAAUAAAAAAUAUACAUCUAUUUGUUUACAAUUUU